AUGCCUUUUCGUCGACAUGCUUAUGAUUUUAUGUUGGAUGAUGGAUUAGACACACGUAUACCUGUGUAUAGUGAUGAAGUGUUUAAACAAGGUAUUCAUUUCUGUGCUAAGUUUGUUGGUGGUAUGGAUAUACCAAGACCUCAGAAUCGUCUUGAAAUUGUAUCUUCAAUGCGAAGAAUUCGGUAUGAAUUCAAAGAAAAAGGUAUCAAGAAACAAAAGGUUUUAAUUAAAAUUUCCGCUGAUGGUGUUUUUAUUUAUUUAAGGAAGAAACCAAAAUUUGGAAUUCGUUGGCCAGUAUCACGAACAUUUAUUUCAUCUUCACAAAAUCCCGGUAAUCGAGUAUUCAGUGAAAUUUUAACUACUGACACAACAUCAGUUAAAGAUUCAAAUGGUAUUACUGGAGAUUAUGAUGCAAUUUCAGCUACUGGCAGUGGAUUACUUGGUUUAGGAUUAAGAGAUACAUCUAUGCUUGAUUGUAUACAUCAAUCAAAUCUUUUGCUAUAUCAUCCAAUAUACAGAAUUUUCUAUGUAUCACACGACUCACAAGAUUUGAAGAUAUUCAGCUAUAUAGCAAGAGACAGUAGGACAAGCGUCUUUAGAUGCAAUGUAUUUAAAGCUUACAAAAAAUUACAAGCUAUGCGAAUAGUCAGAACAGUUGGUCAAGCAUUUGAUGUUUGUCAUCGAAUCGCUUUACAAAAACAAGGCCAACAACCAGAAACAACGGAAAAUAAUAAUAAUGAUAAUAAUGUUGAUGAAAAUAAUAAAUCUGAUCAAGAGAAUAUAGAAAAAUCUGACAAAAAGACAACUAAUACUACUAUUAACCAUACUGAUAGUAGUAAUAAAUUAGAUGAUUUAAAUAAAUCAACAAAACAUAAUGGUGAUUUAAAUCAUCAUAAAACAAAAUCAAAACAUAAAUUUAAACAACAUAAAACAAUAAAACAAGAAAAAGUGGUUAAUUUAAAAAAUGAUCGUAAAAUAGAAAAGUAUAGAGAUAAGAAAACUACUCAUGAUUCUACUAUAAACGAUCAUGGUGACAAUGAUGUUGACAAAGGAAACAAAGAAAAUGAAAUCAAGAAAUCUUAUAAAACAAAAGAUUUUUUAAAUGAUUUAAACAAAACAGAUAAUACAUUAGUUGAUAUAGAACCUGUAGAAUUGAUCCAUGAAUCUAUUGAAUUGAUCAAUAUUGAUCAUGAUCAACAAGAAAAAUCUUGUCACAAGUCUAAGUCAAUUAUAAAUCAACAAAAAUCUUACAGAAAAAAGCAUACAUCUAAAUUUUCAAGUGGUUCUGAAACCGAAUCCUCACCAUGUAUUCAUAAUCAUUCAAGAGAUAAUUCAGAAACAUCGAAAUCAUCUAAACAAACAAUCACAUCUAAUUCAUCUGUGAAUAGUCGUAUAUUAACAGAUCAUUCUAUAUCACAUGGGAGUUCAUUAAGUUCAAUAUGUUCUAAAGAAAAAUUACAAGUACAUCAUAGACAUGAACAUCAUAAACAUCAUAAACGACGACCUACGAGUUCACAUAAAAGUACUAAAUUAAAAACAAGUAUAACAACACGUGAUUUAGUAUGGAUGUUACAAACUGGUGAAGAUAGAAAUGAGAAAACCGAUUUAUUUACAAAAGAAUUAUUAUCAUUAUUUACUGAAAAUACAGCUUCAACAUCUUUAUUAUUAGAACAAGGUAGAAGAAUGCAUCAAAGUAGAUCGUUGGAUACAAAUGUUGCUAGAGAUUUGCUCAAUGAAAGUUCUUUACAAAGUCCAAAUAAUUUAUCCAACACUCUAUUGACUGAUAGUGCCUUGCCAGAAACAUUGUCCACUGACCAAAAAUCAAUUGGUACAGUAUUCUCUGAAAUGACAAAUAUUAACAGUCUUUGUCAAUAUCAAUCAAAUAAACCAAUACUCCCUAAUUCCUCUGUGGAUACCAGUUUACAUCAACAUUGUAUUAAACAACUUGUACGUCAAAAUUGGGAUUUACGUACAUGGUUAAAUCAAAUGUCUGAUCGUUUAGAACGUUUAGAAUUAUUGACAUCGAAUAAAAUAGAACAUAAUAAUAAUAACCAUCCAAUUAUUCAAUCAACAAAUACAAACAAUCUUAAUAAUAAUGUAAAUAUAUCAAUGAAUCAAAGUAAAUUGUUCACUACUGGAAAUGAUAAAUUUAUUUCAGAUCGACGAUUAUUACCUAAUUCAGCAUCAUUUAGUGUACAGUCUGGUAAUAAAUUAAUAACCGAUCAAAAUGUCCUUAAUUCAUUAUCAUUUUCUGGAUGGAAUAAUUCAAUUAAUCCAAAUAAUGAAACAAAUUAUAAACCAUUAAGCAAUUCUAAUCCAUUUCGAAUGCCUAGAUCAAUUUCAGCUUUAACAGGAACUAUAGAUGAAAUGAAUACAAUAAAAUCUGAAUUUAAUACACCUUAUUCAACAUAUUUAACAAAUAAAUCAAGUAUUCCAAUGUCAUUUAAUGAAAAUUGUAAGAUUUUAAAUUCAAAUAAUUCACAUAUUACUUCCAAAGAAACUACUAAUUUAGAAGAUGAUGGAUUUCUACAAUUAGCCAAUAGAAAAGAGGUAUCUGAGUUACAAGAUAAAUUCAAAACAUUAAAACAUUCUUGGUCAAUGAAAGGAGGCAAUAAUCUUAGUAUCCAAGAUCAAAUAUUUGGUGUGACAGGUUUGCCACGCUCAAUCAGUGCAGUAAAUAGUCCAUUAGAAGCUAUGGCUUUUGAAACAACAGUUUCGAGUAAUCAGUUGAUGAAUCAAACAUGUUCACAAAACAAUUGUUUUCAAACAAUAAAUUCCAAUAUGAACUGCGUACAAACACUUCAAAGCUCCAAAGGAACUGAACAUCAAAACAAAGACGUCACUUUAGUCUCAAAUGAAAGAAAUGGCACUUCAUCAUUUCUUAAAUUAUUACCACAACCUCCAAAGCGUAAAAACAGUGCGACAAUACAAAUAGAUCAUAAAAUGAAUAAUCAUGAACAUACAUCUAUCGAAGCAACUUUAGGAAUUGGUGAAUUAACAGACCACAACACAACCAAUGAGCUUUCUAAAUUAACAAGUAUAAAACAAACCAGUGAUUUGAAUGAAUUGGGAAAUUUCAAAAAUCCUACCACGUAUUUACCAACUGAUUCGAGUUCAAAUCUCCAAUUACAAUCAUCAUUAGAUAAACAACCUAAUGAUUCAUGUAAAUAUGAUCAUAUAAUUGAAUCCAAUUUAUUAGAAUCUAUGACUUCCGAUGAAAAAUAUAUUUCAUCAACAGAUGAUGAAUGUAUAACAACAUCUAAAUUAAAUAAAACAUUAUUAAAAAAAUCUAAUUCUAUUCAUAAUCAUUUUUAUUCAAUGCCAAAUAAAAAUUCAAUAUUCAUGAUAAAUAAAGAUAAGCUAAUAAUGUAUAUGAAACGUAAUUUUAAAUAUAUAAAAUGA